CCGACAUCCUCAAACAGCUGUUCCCCCGUGAAAUCACCACCACUUCACUACAGCCAGACAUAGUGCUUUGGUCUGCUGCUACUGCUAAGUCUGCCAUGCUCAUAGAGCUCACCAUCUCCUGGGAGGAGGGAAUACAAGCUGCCUACGAGCAUAAAGCAGCCAAAUAUACAGAUCUGGCUGCCGAGUGUGAAGAGUCAGGUUGGUCCAUCAUCAGUAGAAGUGGGCUGUCGGGGCUACCGACGACACAUCGACGACAAGGCUGCUUCGAGAUGUGGGAACAACUGGCGCUAAACUCCGAAAGGAGUCUGCCAGUCCGGAGCCAACCCGUUCCAGUGAGAAGCCCAGCAGAGUGCUCUUCCACCAGGUUCGCCAUUCAGCAACUCUCGCUUGACAACCACACCCCACAAUAAAGUCUUUGUCGCUCAGCA